AUGUAUUCAAGAAGUGCGGUUAACUUGGCUAAUCGAAAUUCGCGCUCUUUAUUACACCAGACACGACGAAUACGUACGAGCAUACGUGUAUUCACGCACACACCAGAGACAGCGGCGAGCAUAUCUAAAUUGGACGGGGACUCUCAAGAACGAUGGUUGUUCAUCGACUCCAUCUUUCCUAUUCGCCUCGGUAUCUGGGACCUUCGACACUAUAUUGGCAUAUUACGCGAGGAAAACCUCUUGGAGCGCUUGCAUGAGCGUCUCGAGACCGUGAAGACGCACGACUUCCACAUUCGAGAGCUCCAGCCUUACCAGAAGGAUGGCGGUAUCUUUGUGCGCUUCACUUAUACUGCUCGUGAUAACCAGAACGCGCUCGAAACGCUCCAGACGGAUCUCCAACUUGAAGCUACUAAGCAUGGCGGUCUCCCUUCUUGGUCUGGACUUAAUUACUGCAAUAUCUGGCUCGUGAAGGGGGAGCCGUUUCUUGAGGAUAUGUACCGUUAUCCGUCAGGAAUCGUUCACGUAUCCUUCCAGGGCCCAGAUGUUCCCGAAGAAGCCUUGUAUAGUCUAUUUAGACCGUGCGGCCGAAUACUCAAUAUCACCGCCCCUACACCUGUUCCCGCAGGCACGCUUCGCUCCUCUGAUAUCCUAUUCCACCGCGUACGCUCCGCCACUGUCGCACGGAACACCAUCCAUGGAUACACAUUUUCCAGUGGUGGUGGAACAACAUGCCUGAGGACUGUAUACCAACGCCCCAUUCAGGCCCAUGCAAUUAGGGACUGGUUGACUUCGCAUCCCAGGAUCGUGUUGCCGAUCAUAUUUUUCUUGCUCGGCACGUUGACUUACACUAUAUUCGAUCCCGUAAGAGUCCUCUCUGUUGAAGGGAAGAUGCUUAAUUGGUUCGAUUAUCGCGAAUACAAAUUAUAUAAAUGGUUUCGUGCGAAUGCCUUGGACCGGUUCUCCCUCACGAGCUUGGCUCGUGAAGAUGUCCCUCCACAGGGAGACAUCUGGAAGGAGCGUAAGGACGCAGAAAGCGCUCUGCGGAGCUACCUCUCUGACCUACCUUCUACUGUUGCAUUUGUGCAUGGUCCCCAGGGCAGCGGCAAAUCGCGUAUGCUCGAGGCUAUCAUCCGCGACACUGGCAGAAAAGCUUUAGUGAUCGAUUGUGCUGAGCUCAAUAGAGCGACAUCAGACACGCGUCUCGUUUCCGCACUCGCACAUCAGACCGGCUACAAACCAAUUUUCACCUUCCUAAACUCCGUCAACAACAUGGUGGACAUUGCGACCGUUGGCCUAAUCGGGCAAAAAGGCUUCAAGUCCUCCCUUGAAGACCAGCUGAAACAAAUUCUCGAAGUCACAGGCACAGCACUGAAGAAAGUCAAUCAUUCCCUUCGCGCUUCUGCGCAGCGCGCCGUUAAAACAGCACAACAAGCUGAGAAACAACGAGCCGAAGAAGUGCGGACUCGCGCCCGUAUUCGUGCCGGGACAUGGCAUGAUCCACGGCUGGACUGUAUUGCCGGAAACGGCAUUAUAUGCGAGCUUGGGGUGGGCGACGAGUUACUAGAGGGCGACGACAACGGGUUUGCGAGCUUCGAUGCGAUGGAGAAACAUGUUGAAAACUCAAGUGGUGGAGAGGAGAAGAUGAGUGAGGAGCUAGCGAGACAACAACGCCGGCACGCAGAGGACGUGCAAGCUGUGCGUACGCUGCCGAUUGUCGUCAUCAAAAACUAUGCCGCACGGGGAGGAAUUUACAAGGAGGAACUUCUCGGCGUUUUGGCGCAUUGGGCAGCGUCCCUCGCCGAGAACCAGAUUGCCCAUGUUAUCGUGGUCAGCGACAACCGCGAGAACGCAAAGCUACUGGCCCGGGCGUUGCCUUCCAAGCCCUUGAACUCUAUUGCUCUGUAUGAUGCUGAUGCCCCUACUGCACUCUCCUUCGUUCGCAGACGCCUGUACGAUGCUGGCAUCACAUCGGACCUCACGCCUGCACAAAAUAAGGCCAUAGAACACCUUGGCGGCCGCACGAGCGACCUUGAACGUUUAAUCCACAAAGUCUGCAGUGGCCAAUGCAUCGAGGAAGCGGUAGAAGACAUCAUCACUAGCGGUGUCGGAGAACUGAGGAAGAAGGCCUUUGGAGAGGACAUCGACGACGCUAAGAGUUUGCUGUGGUCCAGGGAGCAGGCGUGGACCGUGCUCAAGCAACUGGCACGCAAAGCUGAGCUGCCGUAUUACGAAGUGUUACUCGAUGCGCCUUUCAAGGGAGACGAGCUGCCACUUCGUGCCAUGGAACACGCUGAGAUCAUAUCUAUCAGCACACAACAUGGUCGACCAUCCACGAUACGUCCCGGAAAGCCCGUGUUCAAAUGUGUCUUUGAGAGACUUGUGAACGACCCUGUCUUCCAAGCCACACAAGACAUCGCGCUCAACGAGAAAAUUAUCUCGAGCGCUGAAAAUACCGUUCGUACAUGCGAAUCCGAGCUUAGCACACUUCAGGACCUCUCAAAAGGGGAGCACUCAUUCUGGUGGUUCAGGCGUAGAGCAACAUCCGAGCGGAAGGAAUACUUGUUGAAGAAGAUGCGUUCCGCACAAACAAAGAUUCAGACUCUGGAGAAGCGGAAUGUUGAGCUGAAGAGAGUAUUGGCGAAGAGAGUUUGA